AUGUUAACAUGUCAGAAUCCAGCCGAUGAGGGGACACGUGGUUUCUCCCCAGAGCAGUUUGCUGACAGUCUAUGGUUUAAUGGACCAUCCUUCCUUCGCAAUCACAUCAGCCCUGAUCUUGAUGUCGAAUAUUCUUUGGUGGAGCCAGAAUCGGACAAAGAAGUACGACCUGAUGUUCACUCGUGGAAGACUAACAUACGUACUACACUGGGAACAUCUAGAUUCAAUCGUUUCUCCAGUUGGAACAGCCUUGUGCGUGCUAUCCGUACUAUACGAGUUCGGUUAAGGAGUCGUUUCAAUAUCCAGAAUGAUCUUACCAGACGCGAGGUUGAGCUUUUCGUCAUCAAAGAGCUCCAGAUGACCUAUUUCAGUAAAGAAAUUCAAGCGCUUCGUUCUUUCAAGUCUUUGCCUAAGGAUAGCUCUGUGCUUUGCUUGAAUCCUCACCUUGAUGAGAAGGGACUGCUGCGGGUUGGUGGACGCAUUAACCGAGUUGACUUUCAUGAGACCGAGAAAAAUCCCAUCUUGAUACCAGGUCGCAGUCAUAUUGCCAAGCUCCUUGUGCAACAUCACCACUUGCAGGUACAACAUCAAGGACGCCACAUGACCGAAGGUGCAAUUCGUAAUGCUGGACUUUGGGUAACCGGAGCAAAACGUCUGAUUGCUUUCACGAUACAUCACUGUGUGACAUGUCGCAGACUACGAGGGAAGUUUUCCUCUCAGAAAAUGUCGGAUCUGCCUGUAGAUCGCCUGACUCCUUCACCGCCAUUCACACUGGUUGGUGUUGAUGUAUUCGGUCCUUGGAACAUCAUCACUCAACGUACAAGAGGCGGAAACGCAAGUUCGAAACGAUGGGCAGUCCUCUUUACUUGUUUGUACAGCCGAGCAGUCCACAUUGAGAUCAUCCCAGAGAUGACGUCAUCAUCAUUUAUCAACGCCAUGCGGAGGUUCAUUGCCGUCCGAGGUGAAGUUUCGGAGUUCCGCUCAGAUUGCGGUAGUAAUUUUGUAGGAGCGGUCAAUGAACUUUGA